UCUAUGAGUUUCUCAAAGUAACAGGUAAACAUUUCAACUGAAAACGUUCAAGAAUCAAGUUGAAACUUAUCAACAAUCAGAAUGAAACAUUUUCCAACUUUUUUUGUUAUUCAAUUAGAAAAAUGAAUCUACAAUAAAUAUCAAAGAAAACUGAUUAAUAAUUGUUACAAUGUUUUCCUGAUUGAUAUGAAAUAACAAUAUGAUUAGUUGAUUGUUUUGUGUUCUCCUAAUGGUUUAAUUUUGUGCCAUUCGUUUUCAAUUUCAAUCCUUUUGUUAAUCAUCUUGUUGAUUGUGUUGUUUAUAUAAUUAUUGUUUACCUUCAACUUGAUUUAAUCAACCAAUUAGUGUGAUUGAAUCAUCUAAUUUUACCCUUGGAAUUAAAUUGUGAUUAAAACUGUUUUAAACAACAAUGUUUAAUAAUUAUAUUCAUCAUCAUUGUAAUCAGUUUGCUACAAUUGUUUACAUUUUACAAGCAAUUAAGUUAAUCAUUUCUCCGAUGGUUACUGUUUAUGCAAAAGAAGUAGAUGGAAGUAAAUUGUUGAAUAUGAAAAACAUAUUACCUCCUUCAUAUGAUAAUCUUCAACCACCAAAGGAAAAUGGUAAACCAACAAUUGUCCGUUUUCAUGUUUGGGUUUUAAGUCUAGAUUCAAUUGACGAAGGCUCAAUGACCUAUGUUGCAGAUAUUUUCAUCUCCCAAAGUUGGAAAGAUCAUCGACUCAAAAUACCUGAUGAAUUAACCAAUACCUCAUCUAAUUAUCGGCUAUUACCAUUGAAAUGGCUUGAUUAUAUGUGGCGUCCAGAUAGUUUCUUCAAGAAUGCUAAACAGGUCAAGUUCCAAGAGAUGACCAUUCCUAAUCACUAUAUUUGGCUAUAUUCUGAUAAACGGAUUCUCUAUAUGGUCAAGUUAACACUUUUACUUUCCUGUGCCAUGAAGUUUCAAUCUUAUCCCCAUGAUACUCAAACAUGUGAGCUCAAAAUUGAAAGCCUUUCAUAUACAACUGAUGAUUUAAUAUUUGAUUGGGAAACUGAUUCACCUUUGGUAGUUGAACCUGCGAUUGAAUUACCUCAACAUGAGUUAGUUGAUUACAAGUUAGCUGAUUGUAGUCAAAUGUAUUCAUCAGGUAACUUUACCUGUGUCGAAGUUGUUUUUACAUUGAAACGACGCUUGGGUUAUUACAUCUUUCACACGUACAUACCCACUUGCCUUAUCGUUAUCAUGUCCUGGAUUUCAUUCUGGAUUAAACCGGAAGCAGUGCCUGCACGGGUCACUUUGUGUGUCACCUCGUUACUUACUCUUAGCACUCAGCACGCUCAAUCACAGAAAUCACUCCCACCCGUUUCGUAUAUUAAAGCGAUCGACAUUUUCAUGUCCUAUUGUACAAUAUUUGUAUUCGCUUCCCUUAUGGAGUAUGCAUUGGUCAACAUAUUGAUGACCGCAGACGAAAAAUUGAAUAACCUUACAAUUGGACCAACAGCAGCUACAACAUCAUCAACAGGACCAACGACCAACAUUUACCAUCAGUAUCAUCAUAACCAUCAGCUGACCGGUCAUCAUCAUUCACACCAAUCAUCACUACGAUCACCAACAACUCCGAACUCACCAUUGACCACAACAACAACAACAACAAUCGCCAAUACUGGUUCAAAUAGUAACAAUAACAACAACUCAUCUGCAAUCAAUGAUAAUUCAGCAACAAAGUUCCGAUCCAGUACCCGUCAAGGUAGCCUAAGGUCAGCAGUAUUUGUCAAAAAACGUGACCGAGCAUUAAUUGUUGAUAAAGUUUCUCGUUGGGGUUUCCCUUCAACCUUUAUUUUACUAAACAUUGUCUACUGGUCAGUUUAUCUGGACUGGAGUUGACACAAUUUAACCUCCCAGCACAAAAAUAUCAACAUCUAUUAAUCAAUUAAUCAUAAUUUGAAUCAUUGUAAACCAAUAAACUUUAAAUUAUUAAAAAUGUUCAUUUUUUCAAUAAAAACACCAUUUCAA